CCGCGGGUUCGGGUGUCAGAACAGAUCAAGAUGUUGAGGUGGCCAGUGGUAUGCCUUUUGCUCCCGCUUUUGGCCACGGCCAAGAUCUUCGAUCGCUGUGAGUUGGCCAAUUUGCUGCAACAGCGUUUUGGUCUUCCUGCCCCCCAAGUGGCCACCUUGGUGUGCAUUGCCCAGCAUUCGAGUGAUUUCAAUACGGCUGCCUUUGGCGGAGGCGCAGGAUUGGGCGGUGGAUCCCAUGGUCUCUUCCAGAUCAGCGAUGUCUACUGGUGCUCGCCACCGGGUCAAGGAAAAGGUUGUCAACUGAGCUGUUCUAGCUUGAGGGACGAUGACAUCGCUGACGAUGUCCUGUGUGUAAGGAAGAUCUAUGCAGAGCAUCAGAGGAUUAGUGGAGAUGGUUUCACAGCUUGGCAAGCUUAUGACGCUUACUGCCGCCGAGAUGCAGCAUCCUAUGUGGCAGGAUGUGGAGGUCCUGGCAGUACAGCUCUUUCAGUGGCUGCCUCCUACCAAAGACCGCAACAAGUUCAGGUCCACAGCUAUCCAGUGAAUCAAUACCAUCAGGUGGCUCAAGUUCAGCCACAGGGAAAAAUCUACAGUCGCUGUGAGCUGGCCCAGGAGCUGUUUUACCAACAUAAACUGCCAAUGCCGCAGAUUCCCACCUGGGUCUGCAUAGCCCAGCAUGAAUCCUCCUUCAAUACAGCUGCUGUGGGUCGUCUCAAUGCAGAUGGCAGUGCUGAUCAUGGAUUGUUCCAGAUCAGUGAUCUAUUCUGGUGCACCCAUGACCAGAGGGCUGGAAAAGGAUGUCAUGCCACGUGCAAUCAGUUCCUAGAUACCAGCAUAGCUGAUGAUGUGCAAUGCAUUAGGAGGAUCCAUCAGGAGCAUACUCAGAUCUCGGGUGAUGGCUUCAAUGCCUGGACUGUGUACAAGAGGAACUGUUUGAAUCAGCAUUACGAACAGGUGGCAGCCUGUUUUGCCAAGCCACCGGCUCAUCAGCCUCAGCAUCAUCCAAAUGCCAUUGGAGGAGGUCCUGUGAAGCCCAAGGUCAGCUAUGCCUAUCAAUUUGGACAGGUCCAAGUUCAUCAGAACCCAACGACUCCUGCUGUGAAUCAAUAUUAUCGACCAGCACCGGCUGUUUUAAAUUACCAAAAUAAUGUGCCUGCCUAUUCGGGAAAUCCCUUCCUCCGUCCACGCCCAGUUAUUCCGCCCAAGCAGCAUCCAAAUGCUAUUGGAUUCCCUGCUAAAAACCAAUCCCCUGCUAACCCCUUCUACACUCACAAACAGCCAAUACAGUAUCAGCCACAAUAUCAGACACACUAUCAAACACACUACCAACGCACGGGUAAAGUUUACAAUCGCUGCGAAUUAGCCCAAGAGUUGUAUUUCUCACACAAGUUUCCCAUGCAGGAUAUAGCCACCUGGGUGUGCAUCGCCGAGCAUGAAUCCUCAUUCAAUACGGCAGCGGUGGGUCGGCUGAAUGCGGAUGGAAGUGCGGAUCACGGGCUCUUCCAGAUCAGCGAUCUCUACUGGUGCACACACGAUGAUGGAGGCGGCAAGGGUUGCCACAUUGACUGCAAUCGCCUGCUGGACUCGGAUAUCACAGAUGAUGUCAAGUGCGUGAAGACCAUCCACGAAGAGCACACCAGAAUUUCAGGAGAUGGAUUCACAGCUUGGACUGUCUACAAUGGACAUUGCAGGCAGAAAAAUAGAGCUGAUAUAGCCAGCUGCUUUGAGGGUAAAGAUCUGCCACAGGAAGUUCCAAAACCAUCUAAGGGUAACGAGUUGGUCAAGAAGAAAUCUCCAGCGCCAAAGGGAAAAAUCUACAAUCGCUGUGAACUGGCCAAGGAACUUUACCAUAAACAUAAGAUGCCCAUGAGGGAAAUUCCCACCUGGGUCUGCAUAGCACAAUAUGAAUCCUCUUUCAAUACAGCCGCUGUGGGAAAACUCAAUUCAGAUGGCAGUGAAGAUCACGGUUUGUUCCAGAUCAGCGAUAUUUACUGGUGCUCCCAUGACCAGACAAGUGGCAAGGCUUGUCACAUCGAAUGCGAUCGUUUGCUGGACUCAGAUAUAACCGAUGAUGUCCAAUGCAUUCGCACAAUCCAUGAAGAACACACACGACUCUCGGGAGAUGGCUUCAAUGCCUGGACUGUCUACAAUGGACAUUGCAGGAAUCAGAACCUGGCCCAAUUGAGUGACUGCUUUGAUGGUAAUGAGAUUGCAGCGGCGGAUAAAAUCAGUCCUUAUGGUGAAAAACCUCAAGUGAAACCCCAUCAGCCAGUGCCAGAGAAACCACAUCAAAAGAUAGCCACCAGUCAAAAUUAUGCGAGUAAUCCUUUUCUUCAAAAUCUAAAUGCAGCUAAGAUACCUCAAGCCCAUGUGCAGCCCACAAAAAUUACAAAUAAAAUUACGAAUAAUAUAUCGGCUCCCAAGGAGUCACAAACCAAUAAACUUUAUCCCACCAAUCCAUUUUUCAAUAAUCAACAACCGAAUAAACCUACUUUCACAUCAGGAACAGCUAUUAGUUCUGCACAAAAGCCGAACUAUGAAAAAAAUCCCUUCCUGAACGCCCCCAGUUCACUUACACCCUCUGCUAUUACUUCACACACUUCAGAAGAAGUCAAGCCUCAUGACAGUUUGUCCUAUGCCCAGAAUCCAUUCCUCAGUCUACUUGGCAAACCAAUUGUGCCUCAAGCUCAAGCACCCAUCAAGCCCAAGCCUAAACCAACGAGCCCAUCUAAGCCCACUCAGCUGGUCAACAGACCCUAUGUCAGCAGCGACAGCUUCCGCAAUGAGGUGAUUAAAUUUACCGCCACGUCUGCGGCGGCAGCAACAACUUCAAGCGUUACAAAGCAAUCUGUAACAACAACCACAAGGAAACCUUUGACAGCGGCCACAAAAAAACCAGUCGCAGCUACGGCCAAAACAACUAGCUUGCCGUUAUGGUCAUGGCAAACUUCUACGACCGCCAAGACCACAAUUACGGAAAGUGGUAAUCGCUAUACAGCUACAACGAAACCCUCUGCAUAUCAAACAACUACUCGAUCAGUAAUAACCAAUAAGCCUACCACUCGUCCAACUACCAGAGCACCUACUCGGAGCACUACGAAGUCAACUAUUGCUCCAAUCCGCACAACACCUUCUCCAAAUACUUACUUCAGCACUUACGCAGCUCGUCCGACUACUAGUUCAGCUGCGUAUACAACAACUCGUCCCAAUACUCGGGCAACAACUACUGCACGUCCAACUUCUCGCCCAUCUACACGCCCAUCUACCCGCCCAAUAACAACAUACCCAACCACACGAUCAACAACUCGCACAAUUACUCACCCAACUACUCGACCAACUACUCGACCAACUACUCGAUCAACUACUCGACCAACUACUCGAUCAACUACACGAUCAACUACUCGUCCAACUACACGAUCAACUACUCGAGCCACUGCUCCUCCAGCAAAUCGACCAGUUACCACAGCUUACCAAAAACAGUCAACAACAACGAGACCAAACACUCCCUAUACAACGACUCGACCCUUUACAACUGUUCGACCAGUUACAAGCACUCGAUAUGUUUCAACAACACAAAAAUCUUCAACUUCUAAGACCACCACUCGAUAUGGAGCGUUAUAUUCACCAACUACAAAACCACCAGUUCGUUACACCGCAACAACUCGACCAACAACCAAGUCCCCCUACCAAUAUAUAUCUGUAAAUAAAUCCACCACUCGACCAACAACAACCACUCGUUCAACCACAACAGUUCAUUACUCACCAACAACUCGUCAACCUUUUACAACGCGAGCUACGAGUACUACUCGCUACUCAACAAAAACCACACCAAUCACUCGUCUAGAAAGCACCACACCAAGGCCAUAUUUAUUUACGUCAACAACGAAAAAGAGUGCCACUACUAAGGAUCCCUUCGAUCAUCCUUUCUUCCAGAAAUUUAAGGCCAAGUUUGAAAAAACCACAACAGCUUUAACGCAAAACCAAAAGGCGUCAAUAACAUCAACCGUGGCAGCGAAUCAAACUAAUAUCAGUCCGUAUUAUGCCAAGUAUCAGGAGAACAAGAUAAAAACCGGAGCCAAAACUGUUCUUUCGUAUGAUUUUGGUCAAAAUAGAAACAACACGACAAAGUCAAAAACUGCCUUUGAUGUUUACCUAAAUUGGAACAAAAAUUAAAGGGGGUUUCCAUUAGUGUGACAGUUUUGAGACUUGUAAAUAUGCGUUAUUGAUCGAUGUAAUACCACUAGUUUAGCAUAAUAGCAGAAUACUCAUGCAUUAUUAAUCCGUAAGCCUUAUAAAUAGGAUUUAGAUAAUAAAAUGAAAAUAAAAACCAUGCGAAU